AUGGCCAACCUACAGCGUCACCCUUCGCUCCGAUUCAGCGUCUUUGAAGUCGCACACGAUAUAGGACUUGAGAAUCGGGUACUCGAUGGUAAUUUCGAUCCAAUAACAGAAGAGGACGAAAGCACUCCAUCACCACUGCGUCAAAGGCAGACACACUCGUCGGAUGAGCUCACAGAUUCCCCUUAUCCUCGUACUCCCCCGUCCUCAAACGAUGUAAGAGAACGCCGCUGCCUUGAGCAAAAAAUGUGUGAUUCUGACAUUUCGAUUGAACAACCGUUAUCGUUGACCCCAAAACCGACGACGCCCCGUACGCCUCCCGUGAAAUUGAAAAAGCUACAUCAUACCCCAACUGGGAACUCACCGGGAACUGACUUUCACCUGGAUUUCGCCACUGAUGUGGAACGCAAGUUUAAGAAAAAGGGACUCAAGGAAGACUUGAACCUCGACAAAGACUGGGUCGCCAUCGCACAGCCCGACAAGAAAAUCAAGGAACUAUCGUUACCCAGUCGAGACCACACCAGGUCUACGCCACCCAUGAGUCCUCCAGAGGAAGAAGAAAAGAAAUUAUUGGGAGGACUCUUUCGAUUUAGGACCAAGUCCAGAGAACGUAAAGCGGCCGCAAAACAGGCCGUGCAACAAGUCGCUCUGGAACCUUCAAGGAGUAGUCCCGUCCCUCGGGUUCAUACACCGCCACCUCUCCCUAUUGCCGGAAAGUUUGCUAGGGCGACCGAGGAUGUAUCCUUCCGCCCACAAGUCAGAGAAUCAGGCUCAAGUCAUGGAGGAGGUACAAGCGUCGGCCAUGGAAGCAACACAAGCACCGACACUCAUGAUGUCUACCCACGACCGCGAGAUCGCUCCUCACGCUACGAGAGACCUCACCCGGUAUGGAGAAAUGGGCCUUCUUCUUUCGGUCAUUAUCGGAGUUCACCGUCUAGAGACACUGAGGAAAAAGUCUUGCCAGAAGAACGGCACGCAUUCCCUCCCAAUCAGACUAUUUUUGACCGAGAACCCGCUAGACUGGCUCGUGUCAAUGAGAAGGAGGAGAAGUCCAAUAGAAUAGACAUGGAUGCCGUUAACAAGUACUAUGGCAUCACACCCACCACCAAGUCGUCCUCUCCCGCGGUAUCACCAGAGAGGCUACCUCAGUCGCCUGUGACGAAGCCAUUGACGUUAUCCAAGCUUGAAUCACAGCGGUCUCUGGAAAAGAUACCACCGGUACAGAUGGAGCCAGCGAGAAAUACUCCUUCUCCGUUACCUAAUGUUGCACCCUCUCCUCACCCCGAACGAUCGCAAUCUCCGGUUCAGCCGAGGGAACCACGGGGAAGAAUGCGUAUUCCACCUGCCCUUGAUGCUUCAAAGUUACCGCCGAAACGACUCAAUGGGGCAUUCUACCCACCUCCUACUCCACCACCAACCACAGAGCUUCCUCCAAUUCCCCAGCAAUUGACUGUGCCAGCAGAGGCUCCUGCCCUUCUAUCACCGGGAACUCCGAGUGCUAUGCGCUCCAUACCACCUUCCCCUCUCGGAAUGCGCUCACCUAGUCCCAACCUUAGGGCGACACCAUCUCCUGCAGGUCUCCUCUCCCCGGAGGACGCAGGGCGUCCCGGGCUUGUACCACAGGAGGGAAAUCGACCAGUUUCACCUAUGCGGUCUGCUUCACCUAUGCUGCGUGGCAAAAUGCCCGCGUUCCCAUCACGGCCGAUCACACCCACGAGGCAGCCACCUACGCCCUCCCCCCAACCUCAUCAAGAACAACCAGAGGUUUACCACCGGCCAAAUCACUCUCAACCUGAGAGAAACACCUCACGUGGGCCUAGCUUUGAGAGGGAACCCUACCUGAGACCGAUCCGCAGUGAGCAACAAAUGCCUCCACCAUCAAAUCGAUUCUUCUCGCCUCUUUUUGCUCAGGGUUCUGAGCCUUUAGAAAGGACUUCUACCGAAGCCAACCCUCCUGUGCGCAAGAGGUCGGUUCGUCGAACCAACAACCAAUCGGGCUAUGAUUCGGACGAUGCCGAAUCCAGAUUCUCUCGAGAUACAUAUUAUGGGAGAGACACUGCCUACUUUGACGAUUCGAACCUCCCACCGCUUCCUGGUUCCGUCCCACCUGUGCCAAAUAGAGACUUUGGAGACAUGGAAGACGAGCGGAAGGCGGGACGUGAACGAUUGGUUCGCAUGUUGACUUCGCAAAGGAUCUAA